CUUUUUUAAUAUUCACUUCAUUUAUUUUAAAAUGUAACCCAUUUUUAUCCUUAAAAUUUCAAAAUUCUCUAGUGUGUACAUUUUUAACUAUUUUUCAUCCAUUCUUCCCCUCGAUCUUUAUAGAUAUGUACGGAGGACUAAAUCAAGACUCAUUUGGAGCUGGCUGGGCCCCUACCGAACUUGAUCAUCUUGAACAUUCUGACGGCGGAUUCUUUGAGGACGAUUUAUCCAAUUUAAUAACGGAAGAUGACAUUAAUAAACAAAACACCGAAGUCAAUCUUAGGAAAACUUUCAUGCCUUUAAAAAUCAACAUGAUAUAUUCAUCUUGGAAAACGGGUGGAGUCUCAAUUAACGUAUUUGGGUACCAUUUGGACAUAAUCAAGUUGGUUGGCUAUGUUAAAGAUGCCAAGGAGACUGAGCAGGACACUUCUUUCGUGAUCGACGAUGGGACUGGCACUAUAGAGUGCAUUCACCUAUCGCCUGGCGAUAUCAGUGAUUGGAAGCGUAGCUACAUCAGCGAAUUGACACGAACCAAAUCUCCUGUCAAGAUUUAUGGUGGGUUUAACCCUCUCUACAGCAGUAGCAGUCCAACCAUAAUUAUAUACUCAAUAAAAGAAGUUACCUCACCUGAAGAAAUAAAACUGCAUAAUUUAGACGUUAUAUACUCUGUUUUAUUGAUUGACGGAAAACGGAAUCCAAAUCUGAUGGACACAAUAGGCGAAAUGGAUACAAUCUUGAAAGAAUUUGAUAUUUCAAUUCCGAAAGAACAAGUUGAUCAACCUCUCGAUAAUGUUCCCCCUACUACUGAUACUGCCUCUACAUCUACCACCAAAAUACCUGUGAAUGAAUUGGCCUUGACUAAAUUUAUAUCAUCAAUGUUAGCAAAUGAAUCUAGAAAUAACAAUUACAAUGGGCUACACAUCUCUGAAAUAUUAAGAAGAUGCAAACAACAACAUUCAUUUCAAUCCGUACAAGAGCAGAAUGUUAGAAAGAUUCUCAAAGAUUUGGAGCGUGACGCUACUGUUUUUCAAACUCUUGAUUCAAAUACCUAUGCCUCUACUGAUUCAUAACUAUUUUUCUAAUUUAUUUUCAUUUUACUUCUUAACCUUUUAUAUGUAUCAUUUAGCCUGUUGGACCCUCGGAUGCACUAUAAUAGAACUGCUAGACAAUUAAUAAUUCGACCCCCCUUUUCCAUUUUUUUCUUAUUUUA